AUCCAUCGAUCUUCAGAUCUACCGAUCUACCGAUCCACCGAUGUAGCGAUCUACAGAUCAACCGACCUAGCGAUCUACAGAUCCACCGAUCUCCACACCCACCGUUCUAGCAUUCUACCGAACCACCGAUCUAGCGAUCUACUGACCUACCGACCGAGCCAUCCACCAAUCCACCGAUCUAAGGAUCCACCGUUGUAGCAUUCUACCUAUACACUGAUCUAGCCAUCUACAAAUCCACCAAUCUAGCGGUCUAUAGAUCCACCGAUCUAUUGAUCUACAGAUCAACAGAUCUACCGUUGUACCGAUCUAUCGAUCUACAGAUCCAGCGAUCGAUCGAUCUACAGAUCCACCGCGAUCUACAGAUCCAACGAUCUAGUGACACACAGACCCUUCGAUCUAGCGAUCUACCGAUCCAUUGAUCUACUGAUCCAACGAUCAACCAAUCUAGCAAUCAAUCGAUCUACCGAUCCACCAAUCUAGCGAUCUACAGAUCUAGCGGUCUAGCAAUCUAGAGAUCCACCGAUCUAGUAAUCUACAGAUCACAGAUGUAGCUUUCUUCACAUCCACCGUUCUAGCGAUCUACAGAUCUACCGAUCUAGCCAUCUACCCUUCAACGAUCUAGGGAUCUAGCGAUCCAUUGAUCUACCGAUCUGGCGAUCUACAGAUCCACCGAUCUAGCUAUCUAUAGAUCCACCGAUCUAGCGAUCUAUAGAUCCACCGUUCUAGCGAUCUAGAGAUCGAUCGAUCUACAGAUCAACCGAUCUAGCGAUCUACAGAUCCACUGAUCCAGCGAUCUAGCGAUCCACCGAUCUAACGAUCUAUAGAUCCACCGAUCUAUUGAUCUACAGAUCAACCGAUGUAGCGAUCUCCCGAUCCAUCGAUCUAAAGAUCCAUCGAUAUACUGAUCCACCGAUCUGGCGAUCCACAGAUCUAGAGAUCCAUAAAUCUAGCGAUUUACCGAUCCAUCGAUGUACAGAUCCAACGAUCGACGUUGCCAACGAUCCUUCGAUUUAGCGACCCAUCGAUCUACAGAUCCACCGAUCUACCGAUCCACAGAUUAACAGUUCCAUAGAUCUAGCGAUCUACCGAUCCAUCCAUCUACAGAUUCAAUGAUCUAACGAUCCAUAGAUCUACAGAUCUACAGAUCCACCAAUCUACAGAUCUAUCGAUCUACCGAUCCACCCAUCUAGAGAUCUACCGAUCCACAGAUCUACGGAUCCAUAAAUCUAGCGAUCUACCGGUCCACCAAUCUACAGAUCCAAAGAUCCUUUGAAUCCACCGUUCUAGCCACCCAUCGAUCUACAGAUUAACCGAUCUAGCGAUCUACAGAUCCACCGUUCCUUGAUUCUUCCGAUCCACCGAUCUAUUGAUCUACAGAUCAACCGAUGAAGCGAUCCACCGAUCUCCCGAUCCAACGAUCUAGCAAUCCAUCGAUCUACUGAUCCACCGGUCUAGCGAUCUACCGAUCCAUCGAUCUACUGAUCAACCGAUCCAUUUAGCGAUUUAGCGAUCCCUAGACAUACAGAACAACCGAUCUAGCGAUCUAUAGAUCCACCGAUUUCGCGAUCUAACGAUCCACCGAUCUAGCGAUCUAGCGAUCCACCAAUCUAGCGAUCUACAGAUCUUGCCGUCUAGCAAUCUAGAGAUCCACCGAUCUAGCAAUCUGCAGAUCAGCAAUCUAGCCAUCUACAGAUCCACCGUUCUAGCGAUUUACAAAUCUACCGAUCUAGCCAUCUACCCUUCACCGAUCUAGCGAUCCAUCGAUCUACCGAUCUGGCGAUCUACAGUUCCACCUAGCGAUCUUCAGAUCCACUGCUCUAGCGAUCUAUCGAUCUACAGAUCCACCGAUCUAGCGAUCUAUAGAUCCACCGAUCAAGCGAUCUGUAGAUCCACCGAUCUAUUGAUCUACAGAUCAACCGAUGUAGCGAUCUACCGAUCCAUCGAUCUAAAGAUCCAAUGA